CACAGUAGAAAGCAGGCCUGUGUUUGUGUGUUUGUGUCUCAGUCUCCUCUUCACUGUGUCUCAGAGCGGUUGUCCGCUGUGCUUCUGAGCCGCGGGGAUCGAACCUGCUGCAGACUCCGGUACUCGAGCCCUGUGCAGAUCUAUUCAAGAGAUCUGAUUGGAAAAUAAAAGCCACAAAGUAAGACCCUGAGGGCAGCUGCUGCCUCUCCCUCUCUCUCUCUUCUUCUCCUCAUCCUCUCUUGACACUUCAUCAUGGCGUCUUGUCUGAUCAGCCGACACUUUGCCCUCUCUCUGCACAGAAACGUGAGGCUCAGCGCUCCAGCCUGCAGGUAUGUCAGCAAAGCAGCACCAAAGACUCAGCAGGAGUAUGACUAUAACGGACCCUCCAUGAAAACCGCUGUACCUGGACCCAGAUCACAGGACCUGACCAAACAGCUUGGAGAGAUCCAGAACGUGGGAGCAAUAAACUUCUUCUGUAACUAUGAGGAGAGUCGGGGGAACUACCUGGUGGACGUGGACGGAAACCGUAUGCUUGACGUCUACACACAGAUCUCCUCCAUCCCCAUUGGUUACAAUCACCCUGAUCUGCUUAAACUGAUGUCCAACCCCAACAACCUGAGCACUCUGGUGAACCGACCUGCUCUGGGGAUCCUGCCACCGGAGAACUUUCCAGACAAGAUCACAGAGAGUCUGCUUUCAGUGGCGCCCAGUGGGAUGUCUCGAGUUCAGACGAUGGCGUGCGGCUCCUGCUCCAACGAGAACGCUUACAAAGCCAUGUUCAUCUGGUACAGGAAUAAGGAACGAGGACACAACAAUCCGUCAGAUGAAGACCUGAGCAGCUGCAUGAUCAACCAGACUCCUGGAUGUCCCGAACUCAGUAUUUUAUCUUUCAUGGGAGGUUUCCACGGACGAACAUUGGGUUGCUUAGCAACAACACACUCCAAAGCGAUCCACAAACUGGACGUUCCCACAUUUGAUUGGCCGUUCGCUCCGUUCCCCCGCCUGCAGUAUCCUCUGGAAGAGUUCACCCGGGAGAACGCUCAGGAGGAGGCCCGCUGCCUGGAGGAGGUGGAGGAUCUGAUCGUGCAGUGGAGGCAGAAGGGGAAGCCGGUGUGUGGAAUCGUUAUUGAGCCGAUCCAGGCUGAAGGUGGAGAUAACCAUGCCACCCCUGACUUUUUCAGGAACCUGCGCAACAUUGCACGCAAGCACGGCUGUGCGUUCCAUGUUGAUGAGGUUCAGACCGGAGGCGGGGCCACAGGAAAGUUCUGGGCUCAUGAGCACUGGGGCAUGGACGACCCUGCAGACAUCGUCUCCUUCAGUAAGAAGCUGCUGACCGGAGGAUACUACCACAAAGAUGAACUGCAGGCCGACAAGCCGUAUCGUAUCUUUAACACAUGGAUGGGUGAUCCAUCAAAGAACCUGAUCCUGUCUGAAGUUCUGAACGUGAUCCGCAGGGAGAACCUCCUGGAAGAGGUGACCCGCUCAGGCAAAGCUCUGUUAAACGGCCUCUAUGAGCUGCAGGCUCAGUACCCCGGCAUAUUGAGCCGAGCUCGAGGGCAGGGAACCUUCUGCGCUAUCGAUAUCUGUGACGACGCCACUCGCAACAGCAUUCUGCUCAAGGCCAGAGACAAAGGUGUCCUCCUGGGAGGCUGUGGAGAUAAAUCCAUCCGUUUCCGUCCAGCGCUCAUCUUUAAAGAGUACCACGUCCACAUGUUCCUCAACAUCUUCAACGAUGUGUUAGCCCAGCACAAAUAAACCCUCCUGAAGUACCCCAAUGGACCCUGAAGGACCCGGACUGACCCUGCAUGAGCCUGAGUGAAUCCAGAGUGGAGGUGGAGAGGCUCCAGACCGUCCAUUUCAUGAUGAGCACAAUCCACACAGUAAUUCACACACUUCUCACUGCUGUUUACAGGUCAAGGACCAAUUCAUUUCAUAACUCUAACCAAUUAUCAUGUCGUUUGCUUCAUAUGAUCAUUAGGAUAUCCUCUCCAUUAAGAUGUACCAAGAGAACAAUCGGAAUACAGGUUACAAUGGGUCCUUUUGUAGAUUUGAAAAAAAAAAAGUCCAUUGCUUGAGAGGUCUGGAAGUAGGCUGAACAUGUGGGUCUGUUCCUUUAACAGGUAGCACAAUACUAUAUUAAUGUAAAUAAGAUCUCCUAAUUAACCUCACUAACAGACCAGAACAAAGUCUGAUAUACAGCCUCUGUAAGCGCACAUACACAGACAUCGUCGCAUGACGAGACCCUCAGACCCUUAACUUAGACUCGGGUGGAUUAUUAAAGUCUAUCACUGAGUGAAAGACUGUGAUAGAGUGUGUUAGUGCACCAGAGUCCCCUUCAGUCUGUCAGAGUCUGUCAAAGACUAUUACAAGCUGGACUGGAACAGCUGUCACUGUCUGUUUAAGUCUGUCACAGACGGUAAUAGACUGUGACACAGUGACUGACUGUGAGGGACUGUAACAGACUGUGGUGGUCUAUGAUAAUGGGUCACUAAAUAAAAUGCCAGCCUGCAUGUCAUUCAAUGCCAUCCAUUAGAAAUGUCCUUGUUAUGCUUCUGACUGUUAUGUUGCUCUUUAUAGGAAUGACUUUUUCAGCUUGAAAUGUUUUAGCCCAGAAAAAUGUGAAUCAAAAAUGGACCACAAAAAUGUCAUAGAUUAUUUAGUGCCUGCAUGUUACUUAAAUGUGCUAAUUUUUUAUUUUUCUUUGUUUUUAUUUUUAUACUGCCUCCAAUAAAAGCAAGCAUUGGUUAGAAAAUGUCUGAACACAUUCACUUUACUCUUGAACAAGAGCUUCAUAUCAGAUGCCAUGAUUACUAUUUCCAAAAAAUGUAAAUCUACACUUUAGUUUUCAUGUCUCACUUCAAUGUGAAUAUUUCAAAUUGAACACCUAGAGGUUUUCUUUCUGCAUCAAAUGCAGUUUGUCAGAAAACUAUGGUUACCCCACAGGACAAAUCAUAAAAGCAAAAGCACAUAUGUUAAUAUAUUUGUCCAUAUCCAAAUUGACACACUUAUAAAAAACAUGUUUGAAUCACAACAUUUAGACAAAUUACCUCAGAAUUAUAUAAAAACACACUGUCGUAAUAACACAAACAUUAUGAACCUGUGCUUAUAGCAGCUAACAUCUCCUUCCCUCUUAUUUAUAACAGUUAGAAUUUAAACAGCCUGUCCACUGAAGCUUAAAGCUGCAGCAAGUUAUAUGCAAUUUAGAUUUUUCCCAUUUAAUAAUACCAGUAUGAGAAAUGCUUUGGUUCAGCCUGAAAAGUGGGAUUGAACAAUAGUGAGUCUGCCAGUCAAGUUACAGAGCUGAACAACAUUUAAAGCUGCUGUUGGUAGUCGUGAUAUAAACAUAAUUUAGGAGAGAGAUUUCUAAGUCAACACUCCCCCUCCCCUCUCUGCUGUCGUUACCCCGCCCACAAAAGAUCGUUGUGCGCGUUCUGUGAGGAAGUAGUGGCUUCCUAGCCAAUCAGGGCGACGUAGUGGGGCUACCACUCGACCAAUCAGGACAGAGGGUUGGGGGGUAGUUCUGAUUGGUCCGUGAUAAUGGGAACAAGGGGAAUAAUAAUAACAUUGCUUGAUAUAAAGGCAUUGGAAAACACAGAGGUUUCGCCAUAAUCUCAAAUAACUUCACUUACAAGUGAGUACUGAUGGGUAUUAUGACCUUUUCUCCAAACCCAGCAGGAAAAAAAACACAGUUUUUACACCAUUCCUACCAACAGCAGCUUUAACAGACUUUCUUUUUAUUGUAUUUUUCAAAAAAAAAAACAGCCCUCACUUCAAUCAUUUACCAAUGAUUGCCAAAAAAAAUAUUCCUGUUUUACAUCUACAAAGAAGAACUGACUCAAGGUGCUUUAAAUUGGCAUGGAAAGAUAGGAAACUACUGUGCUAGCCAAGAGUGUAACAUCUCUGAAAGCUAGCUAAAUCUGUCUGUUAUUAAUGUUUUCCCAUCAUCAUGAUGCUCUGUUUUUUUGUUUUUUUUUAUGAAAAGUUAAAAUAAUCAUUAUCAGUAAAAACAAAAUAACAUACAUAUUUACACACAAAAAAAGUGGUACUUUUAGUAUUUAGCAGGCAGGUGGCAUCACAAGAAGGACUCAGUAUAUUGUGCCAGGCAAAAUAAUAAUGACAGAAAUCAUAUCACAUCCACACAGGGUGAGUAAUAAUAAUGAUAUGUGUACAACUGAAUCUUGUUUAUUCUGUAACAACUACAAACGGGUUAAAAUAUUUGACAUUAUGGUAUCUAUCUACACACCCUAACACGCCAGCUUUUUAGCACACUGUAGCUAAUCAGCUGAACUUUAAGCACAGGUCCAUCAAACAGGGUCCCCCACAAACACUUGAUACUGAGUCUAUUCAGCACAUAUUUUAUAAAUCAUGUUGAGUUUCUCUGUAAAAGUGCUGAAUCUGAUGCUCUGUGACUUGUUGAACCUUUUCAUCAUGUCUGUGAAUGUUCAUGGAGCUUUUAGACAAGUGUUUGGAAUGUGUAGCAGUUCAAUUACUACAACCUAAUAUAAAUAUAUGCUGUAUAUGAAGACAUUUACAUCUUUUUACAUUCAUGUUGCAGAGAUAAUAUUCAGUACACUAAUGUAAAGUAUCUGUUUCUUGUAUUGAUAACGCUAAAAAAUACAUGUUAAUAAUAAAAGAUUUAUUUAGGUAGCAAUAUGACGGAUGGAGGUGAUGACAACAGUGCCUGUCUGUUUGUUGUCGGUCAGUAUUACCUGCUGUAGAGUUUCCAUGAUCACCUCUGUCCACAUUAACUAUUGCACUUGUGACCUGACAUAUAAAUGAUUAUUGUUGUAAUUAUUUAGAUGGCUUUAACUGUUGUAAAACUUUCUGUCCAUGUACUGUGAUCAAUAAAGAAAUGAAGUUUUGACUAACUCACAGACUUAA